AUAGAAUGUUUCAAUGGAGGCUAGCUUACAGUAACACGUGCGAUCUUUGAUUUAUCAGAUUGUGUGGAAAGCGGAGGGCAAACAACGCUUUGGUUGCCAAUUAGAAAGCCGGAGAGUAGAUCUGAGAAUAUUACAGUUAAACGAUGAGCCAAGAACACUAUGCUUCUCCUACAUCAGGUUCCUAUUCACAGCAUGCUCUGGAACGCUUUGGGCUAACAGGCCGCUCUGCGUUGGUAACUGGCGCGACGAGAGGCAUCGGGAGAGCCAUUGUCGAUGAAUUCGGAAGGCUUGGCGCGAAGAUCUACGUUUGCGCACGUUCCGCGGAGGAUCUCGAAGUUCGGCUGAAGGAAUGGCGGGCGGGGGGCAUCGACGUGCGAGGCUGUGUGUGCGAUGUGUCAGAUCGGCGCCAGCGGCAGCAACUCGUGGACGGCGUGGCAACCGAGUUCGGAGGCAAGCUCGACAUUUUAGUGAACAACGUGGGAACCAACAUCCGCAAGCCGACAGUCGAGUACACUGAAGCGGAGUACAGCUUCCUGAUGGGGACCAACUUGGAGUCCGCGUACCACCUGUGCCAGGCAUGUCAUCCGUUGCUAAAGGCCUCAGGCGAUGCGAGCAUCGUGUUUAACUCCUCCGUUGCGGGCGGUCCCACGGCCAUGCGCUCCGGAACUAUUUACGCGAUGACUAAAGCGGCGCUCAAUCAGCUGACCAAGAACCUUGCGUGCGAGUGGGCAUCCGCGGGCAUUCGGGUCAACUCCGUGGCACCCUGGUACACAGCAACCGAUCUGGCGCUGCAGGUUCUCCAGGACGAGUCUGUGAAGGCGGAUGUGCUGUCAAGAACGCCCAUGAAGCGGAUUGGCCAACCUGAAGAGGUCGCAGGGACGAUGGCGUUUCUGUGCAGCCGCGCAGCUUCUUAUGUGACCGGACAGGUGAUCCCGGUGGAUGGCGGCUACUCAGUCAUGGGGCUGUACUAGGGGGGUCUGGACUGGCGUGGCGUGGUGUGUGAUAUCGUGUGCCUGGCAGGGGGCUGGCAAUAGUGAGAGCUCGCGGAGGAUAUGCAGCCCUUCUAGGUUGGGCUAGGGGCUAGGGGCUACUCCGGACUCAUGGCUAAUGGCUAACUUUGUGGAGGCCCGGGGUGGUGGGCUUAGGGCUUGUUUAACCAGGUGCAGGCCUUGCUGCUCUCAGCUUGGGGUUUCGGAGCCUGGAUCCUGACUUUAAGGUUCCGGUGGGAUAUCAGGGCCCUAAGCCAGCAGGCUUUUGGGUUCUCAUGGCAGGAACUGAUGUUUUUUUUUGUAACGGCGCGGCUGUAACUGCCGUGGG